AUGGGUCCUCCUAGGCGCAAGGUUCUCGCUACGGCGGAAGAGACCAUGUUCCCGCCGGAUGAGCUGCCUCAGGGCCAUCUGAUCGCCCGGGCUGUUAAGGCGACCGGAAACAACAUUUACUCAGUCGAGCUUCCCUCGAAGGAAUCGGUUUUGGUGGAGCUCCCUGCCCGCUUCCGGUCGACCAUCUGGAUCAAGCGGGGUUCCUACGUGGUGAUCGAUGCCAAUGCCCUCGAGGGCCGCGACAACAAGCUCAAGGGAGAGAUUGUCAACAUCGUCCGUGAUGAGAAAGCGUGGCGCAAAGCCCCAUUUUGGCCAAAGGAAUUCGCUAAGCAAGCUGUUGUUGUCGCGGACGACUCGGACGAAGAGGAUGAGUCCAAUGUUGGCAAGAUGCCCUCCUCAGAUGAGUCAGAUGCUUGA